CAAGCGUCUCUUUUCUCCUCCUCCUGUGCGCACGCGCGAGCGGGAGCGAUGUCGAGCCUGGCUUCCCGCGACGUUUCGGGCCUCCCCGCCGCCGCCCCGGUCGAGCAGACGCCGCCGCCUUCCCUCAAGCCCUGCUGCGCCUGCCCGGAGACCAAGCAGGCGCGGGACACUUGCAUCAUUGAAAAAGGAGAAGAGCACUGCGGUCCUCUUAUCGAGGCCCACAAAGAAUGUAUGAGAGCCCUUGGCUUUAAGAUAUGAACAAAAGCAGCAGCAGAUUUGAGUGGAUGGUGAUUUCCUGUUGGAUGACUUUGACCUUCAUAUCAGCUUGAAUGUUUUUGUAUACCUUUAUCAGAAGAUGAAUUUAUUUAAAUAUAUUGAGAAUAUAUUUAAAAUGGAUUUGUAAAUCAAAGCAAUAUAUAUAUCUAUAUA